AUGUUGAGUCGUUCAGCGCCGGUGGAUGACGGAGAUGAUGCGAAUUGGCGAGUUGGUCAUACUUCGUUGCGAAUUUCUGGGGACGAGUGGCAGCAAUUGGAGCUGAGAUUCGUCGUGGAGUGGCGGGGUUUUGGAGAUCGGCAGCCGCCGAGUACGAUGGUAGUAGCGGUGUUGACGGAGGACGUCGGCGUGUGGUGGAGGUUGGCGGCGCGUGUAUCGGCGGCAAGAUGUGAUUGUUUUAUGGAGAAAGUAAAUUUAGAGGUUGUAAGUGAAGAUGUUGAAGGUGAAGAUGGAAAGGUUCGAAGUGCUUGUAAGAAAUGCGGCCAGCAAUAUCUGGCUUCAAGCAAAUAUGGAAUAGGUAAUAUGAGUCGCCAUAUUAAAACUUGUAAGAAAAUAGAUACUCGUGACAUCGGUCAAAUGCUUAUCUCUCGUGAUAGUGGAACUUUAUCUCUUGAUACUUGCAAGUUUGACUCUGAAAAAUGGCGUGAGUUGGUUGCAUCUUGUAUUAUUAUGCAUGAUUUGCCAUUCCAGUUUGUUGAGUACAAGGGGUUAAGAGCAAUGCUACAGUAUUUAUAUCCUGAUGUAGAAUUAAUCUCUAGAAACACUGCUAAAGCUAUUUGUCUUAAGAUGUAUGAGAAGGAGAAAGCAAAGAUUAAGAAUAUGGUGAUUGCAUGCCCUGGUAGAAUUUCGUUGACAUCUGAUUUGUGGAGUUCUUUGACUAGUGAUGGAUAUUUGUGUCUUACUGCUCACUUUGUUGACAAGAAUUGGAAAUUGCAAAAGAGAAUAUUAAACUUUUGUAAUAUGCCACCUCCACACACUGGGAUUGCACUAUCUGAAAAGAUUUAUUCUUUGUUACACGAUGAUUGGGGUAUUGAGGGAAAGAUUUUUACUAUCACUUUGGAUAAUGCUACUUCAAAUGAUGUUUCUGUGGUUUCCUUGCAAACACAAUUGAAUUUGGAUGGUUUGUUGCCUUCAAAUGGGGAAUUUUUUCAUUUGAGAUGUUGUGCUCAUAUUUUGAAUCUAAUUGUACAAGAUGGUUUGAAAAGGAUUGAUUACUCAGUUGAAAACAUUCGUGACACUGUCAAAUAUGUAAAAGCAUCACAAAUGAGGAAGCAAAAGUUUAUAGAGUGUGUGAAGUUGGUGCGGUUGAAUGUGAAUAAAGGAUUGUGUCAAGAUGUGGUGACUAGGUGGAAUUUCACUUAUCUUAUGCUUGAUAGAGCUCUCUUUUUCAGGCGGGCUUUUCAACAUUUGGAGUUAAGUGAUUCCAAUUACAAGCAUCACCUUUCUAGUGAUGAAUGGGAAAAAGUUGAGAAAGCUCACAAGUAUUUGAAAGUGUUUUAUGAUGCAACACUUGUAUUUUUUGGCACUAAAUACACCACUUCCAACUUAUAUUUUCCAAAAAUUAUGAACUGCUAUGUGACAUUGAAAGGAGCCUUGAAAAGUGAAGAUGGUUAUUUGAAGGAUAUGGCAUGGCAAAUGUGGGGAAAGUUUCAGAAGUAUUGGUCAGAUUUCAGCCCUAUUUUAUCCAUAGCAUUGGUAUUUGAUCCUCGGUAUAAGAUGCAAAUUGUUGAGUUUUUCUACAAGAAGGCUUAUGGAGAAAACUCAAUUGAGUUGGCAUCAAUGCGGAACAAGUUGGAGCGCCUUUUUGAAGAGUAUAAAGCUAAGUGUGACCAAGGCACAGGUGCAGGUGUAUCACCUUCUGUUUUAAAGAAAGAAAGUAAGAAUAAUGCAGUACCAACUAUGGCUGUUGACAUCGAAGAUGAAUUACUCAAGGAAUUUGAUGAUCUUGUUGAUGAUGACUUCUCUGAUGUUCCCCAAAAAUCUCAAUUAGAGCUUUACUUGGAUGAGCCUAGGGUAAAUAGGAAUGCACCUUUAGAUAUUCUUGCAUUUUGGAAGUCAAAUCAAUUCCGCUAUCCUAUUCUUGCCAUGAUGGCUCGUGACAUCUUAAGCAUCCCGGUAUCAACAGUUGCAUCAGAGGCAGCAUUUAGUAAUGGUGGUCGUGUGUUGGAUCAAUUUCGAAGCUCACUUAAGAGUGAAACUGUUGAAGCACUUCUCUGUACUAAAGACUGGUUAUUUGGAAAUGAAGGUGAUCAUGAUAAGGCAUUACUUGAGGAUUUGAAUGAGAUGACAAAGGAUGUAAUUUCUCUUAGCUUGAAUGAUAAUGCUCAAGCUUCAAACUCGGUUGCUCUUAACUCUUGA